AUGUCAAAAGAUAAAUCAAGGAGUGAAGCGAAGGAUGAAAUGACUGCGCAGCCAUGUUCGAGUGGUCUGGGACAACAGGACGAAGAUGGAGAGGACUUCUCGUACAGCUCUUCCGACUGGGUACCAAGCGAUGAGGAAACAGAGUCUUGCGAUUCCGAUGCAGAGACGAAGGCGAAAAAAAAGCACUUGGAACAUUGUAAACGGCAGUAUCCCAGACCGGGUAUCAGUCCUUCGAAUAUAGACGUCACUGAAUCAAGAAAUGAUUUAAACAUAAACCCAGAGAUAGUAAAGAGAACACAGGCGGUCGUAGAUAAAAUCAAGCAGACUUUGGAAAUGCUUGCAGCUUUAAAAGAAGACCGCGGUUUUCGCACAAUUUCGUUGCAGUCUGCAGAAAACGGAGACUCUAAACAAAUCGCACCUAAUUUGACGGCUUAUACGGCGGAUAAUGAAUUACAAGGUUCAUCCAGCCAGCCGAAUGGGUCAUUGGAUGAGUCCAAGAGGAAGAAGAGAGACAAUUUCGUUUUAAAAGAACCGUAUAAUAGAAAAGGAUUUAUAAUUAAGAAGAAUACGGUUGGUGGUGAGAACGUGAAAGAAGAAUGGGUUCCAAUUGGAAGCGGCAUGACGCUGAUACCCCGAGAAAAAUACAAGAGAAUAAACUGGAAGUCCUAUACUAUUGCAACACGAUCAUUGCUGGUGGCUGUAUUUCCCAGAAGGGUUCUAGCGACGCACUCGCUGACCGGUAAACCGUCACCUGCGUUUCAAGACAAACCAGCUAAGAUGACUUUAGAUCAAAGAAAAACUUCCGAUGUGAUCGCAGAAGUUGUGGACAGAUUCAAAGUACGCGAAAAUUUAGUUAGUAAGGGUAUCAGUCCUUCGAACAUAGCCGUCACUGAAUCAAGAAAUCAUCUAAACAUAAACCCAGAGAUAGUAAAGAGAACACAGGCGGUCGUAGAUAAAAUCAAGCAGACUUUGGAAAUGCUGGCAACUUUAAAAGAAGACCGCGGUUUUCGCACCAUUUCGUUGCAGUCUGCAGUAAACGGGGACUCUACAGAACAGACUGAACCAAUCGCACCUAAUGUGACGGCGUAUACGGCGGAUACUGAAUUACAAGGUUCAUCCAGCCAGCCGAAUCGGGUGCUAGCGACGCACUCGCUGACCGGUAAACCAUCACCUGCGUUUCAAGACAAACCAGCUAAGAUGAGUUUAUGUCAAAGGAAAACUUCCGAUGUGAUCGCAGAAGUUGUGGACAGAUUUAAAGUACGCGAAAAUUUAGUUAGGAGCGUCAUAGCAACGAAAUGUGCAGACGAAUGUAAAAUGUGGCAAACUCGUUGUAAGAAGAUCGCUACAAAAAUCAAAGAAGCUACUGACACCGUGCAGCGACUCUAUUUGUUCUCAGUGUCUAUCGAGUGCCUACAUAAAAGUUGA